UCGCGAGCUCCGCGGCGGGGUCAGCGCGGUGACGCGCUUCAGUUCCGGGUGAACCCCGGCGAGCGCCAUAUUGUCUUGUUCGCGAAGACGAGGAGGGGAAAAGAGGCGAGAAAGCGGCCGCGGAGCGGUAGCGGCUGCGGGAGGCGGGGGAAGAGUUUGAAAUAUAGACUAUAUAAAGACUUAAAAGAUGUGGGAUCAAGGUGGACAACCUUGGCAGCAAUGGCCUUUGAACCAACAGCAGUGGAUGCAGUCAUUUCAACACCAGCAAGAUCCAAGCCAGAUUGACUGGGCUGCACUAGCUCAAGCAUGGAUUGCUCAGCGAGAAGCCUCAGGGCAACAGAGUGUAGUGGAACAACAAGGAAUGAUGCCAAACGGACAGGAUGUUUCAGGAAUAGAAUCUGGUCCGAACAAUCAUAAUAAUUUCCAGGGGGAUCCCAACUUUAACAGAAUGUGGCAGCCAGAAUGGGGAAUGCCUCACCAACCCCCUCACCCACCUCCAGAUCAGCAGUGGAUGGCUCCAACCCCAGGUCAAAUGGAAAUUGUUCCUCCGUCUGAAGACAGCAACAGUCAGGACAGUGGGGAAUUUGCUCCUGACAACAGGCAUAUAUUUAACCAGAACAAUCACAACUUUGGGGGACCUCCCGAUAACUUUGCAAUGGGGCCAGUGAACCAGUUUGACUAUCAGCAUGGGGCUGCUUUUGGUCCACCUCAAGGUGGAUUUCAUCCACCUUAUUGGCAGCCAGGACCACCAGGGCCGCCAGGUCCACCAGCACCUCCUGCACCUCCUCAAAAUCGAAGGGAAAGACCCUCAUUCAGAGACCGACAACGUUCACCUAUUGCGAUGCCUGUGAAGCAGGAGCCUCCACAGAUUGAUGCUGUGAAGCGUAGAACUCUGCCUGCCUGGAUUCGUGAGGGCCUGGAAAAGAUGGAACGAGAAAAACAGAAAAAAUUGGAAAAAGAGAGGAUGGAGCAGCAACGUUCACAGAUGUCUAAAAAAGAAAAAAAAGAAAGUGAGGAGGCUGAAGAAGGGGAUGGCCCACGGUUACCUCAGAAAAGUAAAUUUGACAGUGAUGAGGAAGAUGAAGAUGCUGAAAACACAGAAGCUGUAAGCAUUGGAAAAAUCAGUAGGAGUCCAUCCCCAGCUCCUCAAGAGGAGCAAAGUGAACCAGAAAUGACAGAAGAAGAAAAGGAGUAUCAAAUGAUGAUGCUGACGAAAAUGCUGCUCACAGAGAUUCUUUUAGAUGUCACAAAUGAAGAAAUCUAUUAUGUAGCCAAAGAUGUUCACCGUAAAGCAACUAAAGCUCCUGCAAAACAGCUGGCACAGUCCAGUGCACUGGCUUCCCUCACUGGACUCGGUGGACUGGGUGGUUAUGGAUCAGGAGACAGCGAAGAUGAAAGGAGUGACAGAGGCUCUGAAUCAUCUGAUACUGAUGAUGAGGAAUUACGACACAGAAUCAGGCAAAAACAGGAAGCGUUUUGGAGAAAAGAGAGAGAACAGCAACUACUGCUAGAAAAACAGCUAGAAGAAGAAAAGCUACAAAGUGAAAAAGUUUCAAAAGAGAUGAAUGAGUUUAUCAACAAAGAACAAAACAGUAACUCUACUUCACAGGAGGCAAAAGAAAUUGAAACAGAUCUGGUUCAUGAAAAGAAAAGAUCUCCAAAUACAAUCUCAGCUGAUAUAGAACUCAAAAAAGAGGGUAAAGAGAGGACAGGAAGGAGUGGGUCAAGAAGCUCUAGCAGUGGUAGCACUAGCAGCAAUAGCAGUAGCAGUAGCAGCACUGUAUCUAGUUCAUCCUAUAGCACUAGCUCAGGUAGCAGUCGCAGCUCUUCGCGUUCUUCCUCUCCUAAAAGGAAGAAGAGACACAGUCGCAGUAGGACACCUUCACACAAAGUUAGGCGCAGUAGAAGCAGGAGUUACUCCCACAGAAAUAGGAGAGACAGGAGUAGGAGCAGGGAGAAAAUCAGAGAAAGGAGAAGACCUAGUAGAAAUCGCAGUGCUGAAAGAGGGGAGAGGCGAAGAAAUCGGAGUCCUUCUCGAGAGAGAAGCUGGGAUAGACGUAGUAGCCGUUCGAGAGACAGGCGAGCUAACCGUGCAAGCCGCAGCAGAAGCAGGGAUAGACGUAAAACUGAAGACCAGCGUAGAAGCCCUACUGGAAAUAGGCACAAACAUAAAAGUGAAGGUAAAGAUCAAGAAAGGAAGAAGGACCAGGGCGGAGGUGUAGAUAAAGACAGAAAAAAGAACAGAGAAAGGGAGAGAGAUCAGGAAAAAAGAAAAGAUAAGCCUAAAAAAGAGGAAAAGGAAAGUAAGGCUGGCAGUCAUGAUGACAGUAGAUUAAAGAGAAAAAGAGAGAGCGAAAGAACUUUCUAUCGCGGUGAUUCAAUAUGUGUGAAAAUAAUAAGACAGGAUUCCAGACAAGAAAGCAAAAAAGUUACUACCAAAGAUAGCAGAAAACGGUCAGGCUCUGAAUCUAGUGCAAGGAGUAGUUCUGAGUCACCAGGAAGCAGUAAAGAAAAGAAGGCCAAGAAAUCGAAGCAUAUUCGGUCAUGCUCCAUGGAGAAAUCUCAAAGGUCUGGUAAGAAGGCAAGCCGCAAACACAAGUCUAAAUCACGAUCAAGAUCAACAACUCCUCUUCGUCGUAAACGCUGAGGAAUUUAUGGCACCAGUGCUAUGACGUUUAAAAAUUCCAUGAGUUAUAAAAGGCUUGUCUCAUUAUAGAGGCACAUUGUGGCUAUGUAGGUGAAACCAGAAUCCUUUUUUUAUCUGUAAAUAGGUGUAUUUUUUCCAAAUGCUGCUCAGAAUUAAAUACCUAAUAGGAUUUCUUUGUAUUACAUUUUUUCAAGAACGGUAGUGCUUAUUGAGAAUAUAAAACAUGCCAUUCUCUUUCAGCUGUAAUGUUCUUAAAAUUACUAUUGAAUGUACUGUGAUGUCAAUAAAGCUCUUUAGUUCAUUUUUUUGUUUAAAAUUCUUGCACCUGAAUUUUGUGUUACAUUGUAGAAAAUACUUUUUAAAAAAACGGCAGCUUUUUGGUACGACAAAUUUUUAAGUACUUGAAAAAGAUUUUAGCGUAAAACACUUGUCAAAAUAUGUAAUCCAUGGACACAGUGAGAUUAAUCUGUUGGGGAUGUGUGGAAGAAAAAGAAAAGACAUCUUAUUUUUUUUCUUUACAUAUGUGUAAUAGAUUUUUUAAAUAACCUUCUUAUUUGGACUAGCAAGUAAUAUAUGCUGUGUGUGUAAAAUAUGGGUCACUGUAAUACAAGCUAUACUUAAACAGACUGAACCCCAUUAGGAACACGUACAACUAACUGAUCUCGUGUCACAGUGUUAAGCUCUGGAACUAUAUUCCUCACCCAGUUUUCAGAGACAAUUUUCUGGUUGUUCAGGGAUAUUACAGGAACAAGACUCGGUAUUUUAAAUGUUUUUAUGGAAUAUAUUUCUAAAUGGCACUGAGCACACGUUAGAAAACUGGCAGUAGGUUAACUUUACAUCUUGACACAUGCAUUGAAUGUGUAGUGAACAUUAUUAAAGCUGGUUAUUUUUGUUAGUGUUAUGAGAAUUGUGAUUCCCAUAAAGCUAAUACAUUGAUUACGCUGUAACAUAACUAAAUUUUUGUUUUUAAUAUCGCCAUAAAGUGAAGGAGGUCACUGAUUACCUCCUUCUUCAGGAAAUGAACUAUUGCUGUUGUUAACAAGUUAAAUAAUACUAGUUUUUAAAAAAAAAAAAAAAAACCAACAGCACUACACUACCCUAGGCCAGUGACUGUUACAGCAGAACAUUGAUUCAGGGAAAGAUUGGAGAUCUGUGCCUAGAAGUUGUGGUGUGAUACCAAUUGUGAAAAAGAUAAAAGGCUUAACAUCAAAGGAAGAGCUCUUUGAUGGCUGUAUCUUCUCAAAAAAAAAAUACACUAGUACAGGCAACUUGCAAAGCAUGUCUUUGUGAAUGGAUCGAUCCAUGUAACUAAAAUUAAGAGUUCAGCUAUGCAGCAUUUUUGCCAGUGUAAUUUUUUUUUUAUAUAAAUUAGAUGCAGAAGUAAACUGCUUCAGUGCAAAGGUUCACAUUUUACUAUACGUUUAUUAAGCAAGCUGAUGCAUGUUUAUCAAAACAUUGUUACAGAUAAAUAGUUAAUCAGUUAUAAACAACAUACACCCACAAUUAAGUCUUUUUACACAGAGUAGGCAGUCAUAACUCUUGGCAAAAUAAAGCAUAAUUUGCAACACUUAAUUGCAUUGGUAGGAACAUAAACAGUGAUUUAUUGAUCCAGUCUCAGUAUACUAUAGGGUCUUGGUAAAAGUGACAAUUUUGUUUUUAAAGUAGGUAGCACAACAGUUCGGAUAUCUUGGAAGGCUAUCUUCUGAGAGACAGAAAGAAGCUGGAAUUAAGUUUAAAAAAAGCUAUUGAGGAAUACAGUUUCCAUGAUGCAUUGAAUUUGAUUUUCAGAUCAGAUUUUAUAUUCUGUCUAUUAAAAAAGGAGAUUGUGUAUGAAAAGCUUUAUAUACUCUGCCAACAACUGGAAUUGUCACUUCCUGUAAAUAUGAAAAUUAUUUUUUGACACAAAUGCACUUCUAUGGGUAGUGACUGUAUGCCAAUAAAAGAGCAUACGAUCUCUGUAUUUAAUUGUUUCAGAAAUCUUACUGAAUAGCAUACUCGGCACACCAGUAAUUACAUCAGUACUACAUCAGCCUCACAUAUAUCAGACUUAUUUGUGCUUUAGUAACUCCCUGGUAAAGGCUAAAAGAACAUCCAGUCUCCAAUUCCAUACGUCUGAAGUGAGCUUAAAUUAGAACACGUGCAAAUAUAUGCAAAAAUGGGAAUGUAUCAUUUUGGACAAGUUUCAGUGGGAUUGUUGCUCUAUUCUUUUACAAUUUUAAAUAAACACUGCAAAAAUAUUCCAGUGCGCUGCAGGGGAGCAAGACGUACAAUUUUCAUGGUCAUGCAGCAACAUGACAUCCAGAGGCGGUUCCCUUGAAAAUUGUUUUAAUAAAUAAGGGAUGGUGUGGAAUCAAGUGAAAAGUCAUUUCCAUACAAAUAUUGUUUUGAAGAUGAAUACAACAAAACCAGGGUAAGCAGGUGCCCCAAGGUACCCAUUACACCACCUAAGGACAGGAAUCGGCUGCGGCCAUGGAUAGGCCAAAACAGAUUAGCUGUGUAAAAUAUUCUAACAGAUUGAGCAACUACACACUUUUUUAAAUACAGCAUAACAACUGGCUGGAAAAAAAACCCAUCUGUUUGUGUCUUGAGGCCUUGUCUUGUGGGAGAGGUGAGAGUCUGGGCUGCUGCUUUUAACUGAUGAUUUCUUAAAGUCUAUGUUUAACAGAGAAAUGGAAUAGCUACCUCUGGUUUAAAACCAGCCUAUCCUG